AUGAGGUUACCUUCCCUAUCAAGGAGUUUAAGACAUUCGAUACUGCCAAAAGCUUAUCAGGAAGCCCAAAAUCAUCCUGUAAUUUACUCUAUUCGGCCACAGAUCCUUAUCCCUGCAGGAACUCCAAAAUUUACUAAAAGACCUAGCAAAAAGAAAAAAUCCCCAAUUUUUGUACCAGAAAAGCCGCUAAAUAUAAGACCAUCAACACCUGAUUAUUUUUAUAAUAAAGUUUUCCCAAAACCAAAAGAAUACCUAAAUUAUAAGCCUUUAAUCUCUACAAGUCACAAUUCUCGACAUUCAUUAUCACCUAAAAAAGUGCACGAACCUGCUUAUUAUUGUGAAAUUCAGCCUCCAAAAAGUCAAUCAAAAAUAAUUAUAUUCUUUUUUAUUUAUAUUUUAAUAAUCAAUUUUAUUAUUUUAAAGGCAAAUAUAUAAUUUUAAUAUAAAUAAAACCAGAACAUUUCAAAAAAUCAUAAAUUAAACCAAACUAUGAUAGAAUUUCCAGUUUCUCAACAAUCCUCAAAUGAAUUUGAACGUGUUUUAAAAAAAUCAGCUCGAAUAACAGCUUUUUUUAAUAAAAAAGCUCCUGUUAAGCCUAGUGAAGAAAUGCUAAAAAAUCUUAAUCAGACAGACUCAGAUAAAAAUAUGAGGAAUAUCCAAGAAGUUCAAUCCAGCUUAGAAAUCAGUGAUGACGAAAUUGACGACAAUCUGCGGCCAAGAAGCCUUUCUAUGUUUUCUAAGCCAAAACGGAGGAAAUCGUUGAGAAAAAGUUCAAGUCCAUUAAGAAAUAAUGGGUUGAGACUGAAGCUUACACUCAAUAAAGAUUUAUCUCAGUAG